GCAUUGGCUUGAGUGGUGCUUAUGUGACAACCAAAACUUGGGUUCCUUACAAAAUUAGUGUUGAACCAACAUACCUGCCUCGAAACGAAUAUCAUAUGUUCCGCGCUUGGGGAUAUUAUUUAAUUUCAGUUUAUACAAUAGGUGUUCUAUGUAUUUUUAUUAGUAUUGCAUAUACGAUAGUUCACAAAAAGAUUUAUGGUAGAGAUUCUUCCCAUGGGUUUGCAGAAA